AUGAGAGAAAUUAUCCACUUAUCCACCGGUCAAUGUGGUAAUCAAAUCGGUGCUGCAUUUUGGGAAACCAUUUGUGGAGAACACGGUUUGGACUUUAAUGGUAGUUACGUUGGGAAUGACGAUCUACAGAGUGCUAGAUUGAGUGUUUACUUCAACGAGGCAUCCUCUGGCAAGUGGGUUCCUAGAUCUGUUAAUGUGGACUUAGAGCCAGGUACCAUCGACACUGUACGUAACUCUAACAUUGGUAACUUAUUCAGACCAGACAAUUAUAUCUUUGGUCAAUCCUCUGCGGGCAAUGUUUGGGCCAAGGGUCAUUAUACCGAAGGUGCAGAGUUAGUGGAUUCAGUGAUGGAUGUUAUUAGACGCGAAGCAGAAGGUUGUGACUCCUUGCAAGGUUUCCAGAUCACCCAUUCCUUAGGUGGUGGCACUGGUUCUGGUAUGGGUACUUUAUUGAUCUCUAAGAUUAGAGAGGAAUUCCCAGAUAGAAUGAUGGCUACUUUCUCUGUUGUUCCAUCUCCUAAGACAUCUGAUACUGUUGUGGAGCCAUAUAAUGCUACGUUAUCCGUUCAUCAGUUGGUUGAACAUUCUGAUGAGACCUUCUGUAUCGACAAUGAGGCGUUAUACGAUAUCUGUCAAAGAACAUUAAAGUUGUCGCAACCUUCUUAUGCUGAACUAAACAACCUAGUUUCUUCUGUAAUGUCUGGUGUUACCACAUCAUUACGUUAUCCAGGUCAAUUAAACUCCGAUUUGAGAAAACUAGCCGUUAACUUAGUUCCAUUUCCACGUUUACACUUUUUCAUGGUUGGAUAUGCUCCAUUGACUUCUACGGGUGUACAAUCAUUCAGAGCAUUAACUGUACCUGAGUUAACUCAGCAAAUGUUUGACGCCAAGAACAUGAUGGCUGCAUCUGAUCCAAGAAAUGGUAGAUAUCUAACAGUUGCUGCAUUCUUUAGGGGCAAGGUCUCGGUUAAAGAAGUUGAAGAUGAAAUGCACAAGGUUCAAACAAGAAACUCUUCUUACUUUGUUGAAUGGAUUCCAAACAACGUUCAAACGGCUGUCUGUUCUGUCCCUCCUCAAGGGUUAGACAUGUCUGCUACAUUUAUCGGUAACUCCACUUCUAUCCAAGAAUUGUUCAAGAGGGUUGGUGACCAAUUCGGUGCGAUGUUUAAGAGAAAGGCUUUCUUGCAUUGGUACACAAGUGAGGGUAUGGAUGAGAUGGAAUUUUCUGAAGCUGAAUCCAACAUGAAUGAUUUAGUUAGUGAGUACCAACAAUACCAAGAGGCUACCGUUGAAGAGGAUGAAGAGUUGGAUUACGGUGAUGAACAACCAAUGGUUGAAAACUUCGAAUAG